CGAUGUGCUAUCGUCUCUCCACUCUCCACUUCCUCCUUUGUCGUCUCCGUCCCAAUCCCAAAACCUCGCGGGCUCGUUCCGUUCCACCCGCGCCGCGCCGCCGCCCGAGAUGCUCCCAGCACACCACCUCCUGUCGCUCCUCUCGUUCGCUUCCCUCGGGGCCUCUGCGGUCGGCGUCGGCGAGGGGUUCUGCUCGGCGGAGCAGUCCAGCGAAUGCUCCCAGAGACCUCCGCUCUACUGGAAGGUCACCAACCCCACCCUCGCGCCCGCGCACCUGCAAGAUUUACCUGGCUUCACACGUAGUCUGUACAAAAAGGAUCAUGCUUUAAUAACACCAGAAAGUCAUGUAUUCAGUCCUUUGCCUGAUUGGAUCAACACGCUAGGAGCAUAUUUGAUCAGUCCAGCUCUUGGGGCACACUUCACCAUGUACUUGGCAAACAUGCAAGAUGGAUCAAAAUCAGCCCUACCACCGAAAGAUGUUGAAAGGCUUAUCUUUGUACUUCAAGGCAGCAUUGCAUUGUCUGUGGAGAGCGAAAGUACUCAUUCUCUAUUGGUGGACUCUUAUGCCUACCUUCCUGCAAACUUGAAGCACUCUGUUAUUUCAGAUGAACCAAGCACUCUAGUAAUCUUUGAGAGGAGGUACACAACCAUUGGGGAUUACCAUCCUGAUCUUGUUGUUGGUUCAACAGAUAAGCAACCCCUCCUUGAAACCCCAGGAGAGGUAUUUGAACUUAGGAAGCUGCUACCUACUUCACUACCUUAUGACUUCAAUAUCCAUAUAAUGGACUUUCAGCCAGGCGAAUAUCUCAAUGUGAAGGAGGUCCAUUACAAUCAACACGGGCUACUGCUUUUAGAGGGUCAAGGAAUAUAUCGAUUGGGAGACAGCUGGUAUCCGGUGCAAGCAGGCGAUACCAUUUGGAUGGCGCCGUUUGUGCCUCAAUGGUACGGUGCCCUUGGUAAAACCAAGUCGAGGUACUUGCUGUACAAAGAUGUCAACAGGAAUCCACUGAUAUGAGCAAGGUAUGCUUGACUGAUGGCAACAGCUCAAAAUGGAGAUCUAUGCCAGCUACGAAGAGUUCCUCAAGAAGUUGGCCCACAGAAGAGAUUGCACGAAUUGUCCACAGUAAAUCGAUUUAAGAAUGUCAAAGUGGGAAUAGGGACGUUCAUGGCGGUACACUGAUAAUUAUGGGACAAUACUGUCCUACUAUUGUGGUACUUCAUGUACUGUGGUCGGGACAGCAUGAGAUAUAUAUUGUGGUGAGGCCAAGGAUAAAUAAAAAAUAGAUGGCCUUUUUUACCUUGAACAAACGGAAUAAGGAAUUUAAUAUACUCACUCCGUACCAAAAUAAGUGACGGAGGGAGUAUUUCUUGAAACAAAUUAGAAAGGAGCCUCAUGAUUGGUUCAUGUACCCUGAACUGCAGCAAAUGAAAAGCAAGUUGGAGUGGGAAUGUAUAUGAUUUAUUAGUU